AUGGACUCCCCAACCUCCGAGCCGGUGCCCGCCGCAGUGACCGAUUCCGCGGUAAAGGAUACGCUGGACGAGCAAAUGGCAAGCGUCGAGCAGCGUAUCAAACGGCUCGUGCACGAGUCACAGAGCUCCGGUACCGGUACCGGCACCGCCGCCCCUCCACCGACCAUCGGUGCAAAGGUACAGGCGCUGCGCAAAGUCCAACGGCAGAUCGUCGAGAAGGAGGUGAAACUGUAUCUGACGACCCACGCCAUGGAAGUGGAGUUUCAGUCCGAGUUUCGCGAAUGUUACGACGCGCUCGCCCAAAUUGUAAGUGGAACCGCCGAGUCGCAGCGCCUGCUGGUCCUGGAGCCGGAGCCCACGGCGAGCGACCGGGCCGACCAGGCGCUGGGUGUGGCCGGCUUUUGGCUCACCGUGCUGAAGGCCAGCAUGCUGGACCAUCUGAUCGAGGAAGCGGACGAGCAGGCGCUGCAGAAACUCAAGGACAUUCGGUGCGAGCUGAAGCCAGAACCGACGCCCGGUUUCGUGCUGGAGUUUCACUUUGAACCGAACGCUUUUUUCACGAAUGAGCUGCUCACGAAGGAGUACUUCCUGCGCUGCGCACCGGAUCCCCUGAAACCGUCCAUGUUCAAUGGGUUCGAAAUAUUCCACUGCGUUGGCUGCAGAAUCGAUUGGCGGGAGGGCCAAAAUCUGAUCGAACAAAGCGAAUCGGACCGGGAGGAUGCGGCCGGUGCUUCGUUCUUUAGCUUUUUUGAGCCGGAACGGUGCGCCCCCGAUGACACGGAUCCGGAUAUUGCCGUCGCGUUACUGGAGUGUGAUUUCCAGUACGGUUACUACAUUCGCGAGAAGAUCAUACCACGGGCGGUGUCACUGUUUCUCAGGGAGAUCGACAACGCGAAGGAAACGUGCGACAACUGUGCCUGCCAGCGGUGCAUGUACAAGCAUUUCUUCGGGUCGGCACUGGACUGUUCGACACCGGAGUGCCAAGAGGAGAAGCCCGAUCAGAUGGGACGCUCGAACUCGCAGGAAACGGUGGUGCAGCAAGAUGUACAGGGCCCGGCGAUUGACGGGCAGAAGAAUGAACACUAA